UGUGUUUAAACAAAAUCGCGCACCAUCGACUAAAUAUUUAUCUAAUAAGAAAUAUGUUUAAUUUGCACAUAAAAUUGUAUAAAAAUCUAUUUAGGAAUGUUUUGAAAUAAAUUUGCUUUAAAAUUACUUUUGUAAAUUCAUUACAAUAAAUUAUUAUUAUAUAUAGGGUAUAACGCGAAGUGCGAGCGACAAUCAGUAUGGCGGACGUCGAAAUCAAACAACGUGAUCGAAUAUUAGAAGCAAUUGAUCAAUUACGACGCAGGAAAGCGCGCCCUGAUUCACCUCGAAUAUGUAACUAUAUGAUGCGCCGUUUUAAUGUCGAUGCAAAAGAAACAAAAUCCGAUUUACAAAAGUGUGUCGAGAACGAAAUAGUAUUCAAAGUAGAGUAUAAAGGAGAUAUAAGCUACCGUAAUGCAGCAAAAUGGAAUCAAAAGCAUCGAUCCGGUGAAAUUAUUGAUCCUGCUGCAGCUGAGAAAAAAGUUAGUGGAUCAUUUUCAAAAAUCGUUGCACUAUCUGUUAGUGAAUUGAUAUGUCAAGAACCAGAUUUUUUGGAAUUAGGUGUGCCUGGCCAAGCACUUAUUAAAACAAUUAUAGCAAAAAGUUUGAUAAAAUACAACAAAAAACAUUUAAUUUUAUUACUCCAACGUGAAGUAGAAAACGGUGGGCUUGUAAAAUUAGAAAAUGGUCACUAUUCACUAGGUUCUAAUGCAAUCGAUACGGAUAAAUCCGAUGAUGAAUAUGGAACCGAAGAAAACGAUAUUGUAUCAUUACCACAAAUUUUUUCCCUAGAAUCAUCUAACGAUAAAGUAUAUCGUAAAAAUAAACCAACUCUCAAAAGUAAAAAAGACGAAGAGAAUGAUAAAGUAACAAAUGGUCAGCUAGGAUUUCGUGUUGGUAGUCGUCGGAAACUUGCAAAAAAAGUGUUCGAUCCAUCUGAUAAUAAUUUACCCAAACGAAAACGUGGCCGACCUGUUGGAUCGUUAAAUAAAACAUCAAUGAUUGGGAAAAAAAGUCCAUCAAGGCCAGCAUCAGUUGCCAGCAAUACGAAUAAAAUUGAAUCACAUUCGAAUGUUAUUACAUGUUCGAUUUGCCAUCAAAUAAAAAAACCAUAUGAACCGAUAAUUUCGUGUCGAGAUUGUGGCGUUAAAAAUCAUUUAGCUUGUUUCCAAAAUAAUCCGGAACGAAUUGAAAAUGAAUUGAAUAAUGUUUACACGUAUCCGAGAUCCGAUUGGAGUACAUGGCAUUGUUCACAGUGUAAAUCAUGUGUGACCUGUUUUGAAUUAGCGGACAGUAAACCUUAUGUUACAUGUUCCAUAUGUUAUCACGCGUAUCACUAUGAUUGUCAUAAUCCAAAAUUGGAUAUUAAAUCAAAUUUAUAUAAUGAAAAUUGGAUUUGUUAUACGUGUCAUAAUGUUCCAAUUAAAACGGAAAAUAAUGCGAAUGAUAUCAGCGUGAAUAAUGAAAAUUCACGCUCAUCACUUCACCAUUCAGAUUCAUCAAACAUAUCAACAUCUCCACCAGCUUUAAGUCCACAAAACCGUACACCAAAUGAUAAUCAAUCGAAUUGUUCAUCAGAUUAUAAAAUCGAUAACGUAUCGAAUGAUGAUAACGACAUCGAUGAAAAUAUGAUGGAAGUCGAUGAAGAAAACAAUGAUAGCAAUAAAAGUUACGAAGCAAUUGAUGAUCCUAGCUAUGAUCCAAGUAUACCAGAUGCAACUAGUUGGACACAUGAAGAUGUCUACGAAUAUUUUAGUCAAUAUUUUCCACAAGAAGCUGCUGUAUUUCGUGAUCAGGAAAUCGAUGGCCAUUCGUUACUGUUAAUGAAAAGAAGUGAUGUGUUAAGCAGCUUAAAUUUAAAAUUGGGCCCAGCUUUAAAAAUUUAUCGUCAUGUUUUACGAUUACAAAUUCGACGUGAUUAUGUUAAAUUAGGAUGGUUUUAAAUUGUUUUUAUUUAUUUAAGAAUUAUUAUCUUUUAUUUGCGUUGUCCGUAUUUCAGAUACGAAGGUAUAUCAUACAAUAAUUUUUGUAAAAUAGGCGAAAAACUUUCUUUUUAAAUAAGUUUUUAUUGAAUUGUAAUUAAAUAAGCAACAACUAUCAUUUCAAAGUACAUGCAGAAGGGCUGUGUAUGCAGGUAUAAUAUGCAUUAGUUUAAUAGAUAACAUUGAUUUAAAAAAAAAUAAGGGGAAAUUGACAUACUAAUUUUUAGCAGCCCCUAAAUCCAUUUAGAGAUGGUGUUGAGAUGUGCAAAGCAUUAAACCCGCGAAAAAAACUAUUAUUAGUAUAAAAAACAGACAAGGGGGCUGUGAAAUUGACAACUAUAAAAAUGAUAUACUGAUCAAUGUUAUAAAAGUGGUCGCAUAUUCAGCAAUUUGGAGAGGUUUUUUAGACAUUUAUGGCUACGCACAUCUGUACAACUUCCCCAAAUUGAGCUAGAGAAUUGAAAAUCGGUGUAUCGGUUGGGUUAAUGUCAAUCAUCCGAGUCCCUUUUCCACCUUUUUUCAUAUUUUGCAUAGUCAACAACCCUCCAUAUCGCAUUUCAGCUCAUUUGAACUGAAUAGGGUCGCUGACGAUAACUGAAAUAAUUGAUAAAAUGAUUUUUUUUUAUUUAUUUCUCAUACAAAGUAAUAAAAAAUAUGAUAUGCAAAAAACCAAAAAAUGUGCAUACCAAAUGGAAUUUCAAUGGAAUAAAUUAGCCAAUAGUUUUGACCCGGUGUCAUUGUGACGACUAAACAGAACAUAACCGUUGUGGCCGGAUAUAUUUUACUCAUGUAAAUUAUUGUUCACUCAAUCAAUCUUAUGUCAAUAUUAGUUUUCUAUAUUAGGUAAAUAAGCAGUUAUAUAUACUCUGCGUCACAAAACCUGCACUAGUUGAUUAUUCAUUUUUAUUAAUUCAGUAAAAAUUCUAAGGUUUGUUAAAAAUAGUUAUGGCAUGUAUAUAUCACAUGUAUAUCACCAAAUAUAUUUUAGAGAAAAAAGAAUGAGCAUAUCAAAAAUUGAAAAAAACUGUAUAGCUUACCCACACGCUCUUCAUAGACUUGAGACGUUCAAACUCCACUAAAAAGAAUAAUUAAACUUUCGUAAAACUGUGAAAAAGGAUAUGAAAUUCAUCACUAAAUAAUUAACACGUUGUAUAUAUAAACGAUACGUGGCCAUUGUGCUCGGGUAUGACUUAUCCGCGUACUUUGUAGACGUACAAACUCUACUGUAGCCGCAGCAGCAUUAAAUAGAAUAGCCAAUUCGCUUAAAGAGAAACAACGACGGUAGCUACUGUGAGCGGCAAAUAACGCGUGUAUUUUGUUUUCAAGUUAUUAGGGUUUAAAAAAUCGUCGGGUGUUAGAUACCCAGCAACAAUGACGCCGGUUUAAAAAUAAAGAAACAUUACUAAUACGCUUUAUAACCGUCAACCUGUUUUUGCAUCCCUCCGCAUAUCACUUCUUUCUUGGUGGUUUUACAUUUAACCAUCAUUUAUUGCCUAUAAUGUUUCAUCAUUUACUAUUUUUUUUUGUACGUACAGUAUUUGUUUUGUUAUAUGCUAAUAUACAGAGUGUUCGAUAAAGCGUUUUUUAUAUCGCUUCGAAGCAUGGAGGAUAAAGAUAUCCUCAUAAAUAAGUUUUGAACAUAUUUACCGGUUUGUAUUUCUCACAUAAUGUUAUUCGAAAAAUUUUGUGGUCGCUCUGUAUUACGUAUUUUAGAUUAGUAAUUUAAAUCUUUGAAUACAUUACUGUCAAAGAGACGUAAAAUAUUAGUAUAUUGAAUUUUAUUUCUUUUGUCAGCCAUUUUGAUGUUUUCUUAAGUGAGUUUUGCAAAAUCCAGUUUCUUGUAGAUAUCUAUAAGACAAAAUAAUGCAGGGUCAUAGGACCUUAAAUAUACCAUUAUUGUUAUUUUUUUAUUAAUUUAAACAAAGGGUGUAUAAUAGGGUAGCUGAAUAACUUACCAGAAAAGCAUUUAUUUAAAAAUAUGUUUCAUGCAAAAUGAUGCUAGAGUUAAGAAAACGUCGAUCACCACCUUGUCAUAAAAAAUUCUGCUAUUUUUAAAAAAUGUUUAUCUUCAAAAAUCGUUUUGUAUUUCUUCUUCACGAAUGGGCAAUACAAAAUGUUGUUGCAAAUUUUGUUGCUAUCCUUCGCAGGAUCUUGCGUGAUCGUUUGUUUAAAAAUUACACGAAGUAUGCCUACUUAAUAGAUCCUUGAUACUUAAAAACAAAUGUUUUAUGGAAAGUUAUUGAGCCAUCCCGUUAAUAAUGUGACACCCGAUAUAAUUUAAGGUCGUUAUAUCGAGACAGCCUUUUGCAUGAUUUAUUAUAAGCUUACGAUUAAAACAUUUUAUACAGUUGACAAAAAUAACUAUGACAUACUUUUUACAAUCACAAUGGAGCAAAUCCCCUUUUUGCGUAUAUACGUUUUCGAUAAAAAAUUGAUCAUUUAUCUUUUUGUUCAAAACAGUAAUUUAGAACUUCUGGAUAAAUAAAUUUUGAAGAGUGUACUUUGUUCAAAG